AUGCUGCGUGUCUCGGGUGCGGCCUCGGACUUGCAGAAGGCCAACCUUCUCCAUGCGCGCCUGGAGCUCGCGAAGGCCGCGGAGGCGUGCUCGGACACGAAGCACAUCCAGUUCGGAGAGUUCAAUACCGUCGGCGACGAGCUGACACUGCUCAAGAAGGCAGACGUCAUGUGGCCCGCGCAGCUCCAGGAGGCUUGCGUGCACAGGGCCCUCGCCAACGCUGUUCCCAAGUGGCCAAUUGGACAGGAAGACACCGUUACGAAGUUAGCGUUCCUCACGGGGGCCAUCAUGAUGACGGCGCCAGGCGGCCCCGACGCGGACCUCGACGACUUCGACCCGCUCGACCCGAAGAUGGGGCCCGACGAGAUGUCGGCAAUACAGACGGUGCUCGCGCUCACGCGCGCGACGAUUCACAUCGCCGACGCCGCCGAUGUCAAGUACGUGGUUCCAUUCAUGAAGUUUUUCGGCCCCAAUGCCGACUCGGAGCUGGUCAAAAGGGUUGCGCCGACACUCGUCGUACCGUGCAUCAGGAAAUCAGCGGCUUUGAAGACAAGCUACGACGACAUGAUGGUGAAGCUCGCGGUGUACCCUUCAGCCAUCACUUCGUUCAGAGAGAUUGUGGAGACUGAGUUCUGUGAGGGGACGGCAACGCCGACUUCGCCUAGCGCUCGGGCGAGUUUGGCGGCCAGCUUGUCGUUGUGGGGUGCUAAGAAGGCCGACUGCAGGAAUGGUUCGGACACCACUGUUGUCAAGAUAUUGCAGAUUGCGUUGGGUAAGUUCUUCGACGAGGCUUCCGAGAAGUUGGGCUUGAUCCUGGAGCAGAGGGUCGAGGCGAUCUCUUUGGGCUCUGAUGACAGCGCUGUGACCUACGCCGACGCGGUCAUGACUAUGAUGGGCUCGGUCGCCUCCCUGCGAUUCCCAGGUGUUGCAUUGUCUUGGAUGCAGUGCAAGGCCAAGGCAGAGAAGGUGAAGCCGAUGGUCGCGGCCAGCGAGAGUGAAGAGAAGCUCAUGCCUCUGAUCGCGAAGCUGACCGAGAUCGCCGACUUGGCAGGAGCUGACUGCCAGAGUUGGCGCCAGGAGCUGAUGGUUGCGAUCCAGGGCGUUCGUGCUCCGCGAGACCCCGACAAGCCCAUCGAGACGAAGAUGACGACCGCAGUCGAGAAGUUGUUCCAGCACUUGCGCGAUCUGCUCUUCGGGGCAGGCGGGACGGACCAGAUGGCGGAGAUCUCCACUUGGGUAGAGGUCCUCGAGCAGCUCGUGUGGUUCGUGCCGCCCGAGGGGAAGGGCCAGAAGAAGCUGCUCGUAGACCAUGUGAAGGCGUCCAUCGCGUUCCAUUCGGCGGCGGUGAACUACGUGGGCAUCGGUGCAACCGCUCAGGAGCGUCUGGCGAUCGACGUGAAGUGUGUGAAGCUCCGCGGCCUGCAUGGCCAAUGGCUGAACUUGGAGAGGGAGUGGUCCAAAGUGCAGGCUGCGUUCUUGGACACCGUGAGUUUCAACGGCGUUCGAGGCCAGGUUGAGGCUCUUUACCGCGCUGCGGCCGAGAGCUACGACGUCGGCUACCAGGAGAAGAAUGCGAUCGCGGCUGCCCUGCUGGCCAGCGAGAUCAAGGCUGGCGGCCCGUCAGUGCUCGAUGGCGCGGGCGGCGUGACGGAGAAGGGCAAGACAUGGGGUGAUAAGCUGAAGGCCGACGCUUCCUUCAAAGCCAUCGUCAAGGCUGCGAUGGUGACGAUCAUCACCAGGAGCCCUGACGUGAUCGACAAGAUCACGAAGGACCUCACGACCGCGUAUGAGGACAUGGUCGACUUCGCCCAGACAUUCAAGGUGCAUCCAGACGAUGAGCUGAUGAAGAAAACGCUCGAGACGAUCAUCAGGCUGAAGUGCUCCACGGCGGAGUGCAGGAUCUUGGCAGAGAUCGAGGCGUCACAGGACGAGGCCGCGCUGAGCUCGUUCGUCGUCAAGCAGCAGGCGGCCUCGAAGAAGGCUCCGUACGCGUACAGCCACCUGAUGCAUCCAGCACUGGCGAAGGUGAUGGAGGCCUGCAAG